AUGAGUUGGUGGUUUUGCAACUGCCUCCUCAUAUUCUUCCUCCUCUCCACCGUCACCGUCACCGUCACCGUUAUCGCUGUACCAGACCAAGAACUCGAAUCGAUGCUGGCGGUGUUGAGAACCAGAGGCUACAACCUCUUCUGCAACGCACUCACUACCUCCAACCUCUACUUCGAUCUCUUCGCCGGAACUUCCUUCACCGUCUUCGUCCCCAUCGACUCUUCUCUCUUCGCUCUCGACAUGACUUCUUCGGCCUUUGUUUACAUCACCGCCCUCCGCUACCACAUCGUUCCUCUCCAGUUAUCCCUCGCGGAUCUCGAGAAUCUCACCUCCGGUUCCAUUUUGCCCACGCUAUUGCCGAUUCACGAUAUUCAAGUUCAGAGGAGGCCCGAAUCGGAAAAAUUUACCGCCAAUGGUGUUGAUGUUGUGCCUGGUCUGUUUUUCGGCCGAAACAUCGCGGUUCAUGGAUUGGGAGGUAUUCUCAGUUUCAGAACUCAGAUCGGUCUAGGUCAUGAAUCUUCGCUUCCGCCACCGGCAAAUUUGUACAAUAAUCAAAGUUGA